AUUAUGUGCUUCACUGCAGUGUGAAAGGAUAUCAUACAUAUGUAUUAAAGUAGUAAACUGACUUAUUAUUGUGUUGUUGUAGUUGAUAUCUUUUGUAUUGUGGUGUUUUGAAAUGUGUAGGCCCUCAGACGAAACGGUUCCUGGUGUUGCAACAUUUGAAGUGACCUGCUCACAUCCUGCUCAGCCCACUUAGCAGUUGAACAUGGUCGCCUCAGCGCAGGGUCACAGAUAGAAGCAGUGGAACAGAGGAGUAGUCGUUUCGUCCAAGGUCUCCAUUGAGAGAGUCACAGCAAAGCUUCUUUCGGUGAUUUCCAGUGCAGCCAAGAACCAGAAGACAAAAUGGCCGACAAUGUAAAUGCCUUGCCCUUCUUUUAUGGCAACAUCACCCGGGAGGACGCAGAGGGCUACCUGCAACAGGGGGGCAUGGGAGACGGCAUGUACCUGCUACGGCAGAGCCGGAGCUACUUAGGGGGCUACGCCCUGUCAGUGGCCUACAGACGGGAGUGUUACCACUAUACCAUAGAGAGGGAGCUCAACGAGACGUACGCCAUCGUUGGGGGGAAGAGCCACCGAACCCCCGUGGAUGUGAUUGACUACCACUCCCAGAAAUGCGAAGGGCUGGUGUGUCUGCUGAAGAUGCCCUACAACAGGCCCAAGGGCAUGCAGCCCAAGGUGGGGCCUUUUGAGGACCUCAAGGAGAAGCUGAUCAGAGAGUAUGUGAAAAAGACCUGGAACCUGCAGGGUGCGGCCCUGGAACAGGCCAUCAUUAGCCAGAGACCUCAGCUGGAGAAGCUGGUUGCCACCACCGCCCAUGAGAAGAUGCCCUGGUUCCAUCACACCAUCACACGUGAGGACUCUGAAUCACGGCUCCAGAUGGGCUCUCGCACCAAUGGCAAAUUUCUGAUCAGACAGCGGGACCUGAAUGGUUCCUACGCCCUGUGUCUCCUACAUGGGUCACAAGUCAUGCAUUAUCGCAUCGAUAAGGACAAGGCUGGCAAGCUCUCCAUUCCUGAUGGGAAGAAGUUUGACACACUGUGGCAGCUAUUGGAGGCGGCAGGUGGAAUGCUCACCAGAAUCAAAUCCUACUCCAUACCCAUACCUGGUCGAAAAAAGGGCAGGGGUGCCUCUCACAGCAAAACCACAGAUAACCUCAACCCUUAUGACACCAGGGCUCCAAAUAAUAUGGUCAGCAAAGAGUCCAUGCCAAUGGACACAGAGGUGUACGAGAGUCCUUACGCUGACCCAGACGAGCUGAGGACCUCCACUGUGGACCGCAAACAGCUCUUCCUGGAAGAUGGAGAGUUGGGCUCUGGGAACUUUGGGACUGUCAUGAAGGGCAUCUACAACAUGAGGAAGACAGAGAAGCCGGUGGCAGUGAAGAUCCUGAAGAAUGACGACAACAACCCAGCAGUGAAGGAGGAGAUGCUGCGGGAAGCCAACGUCAUGCAGCAGCUGGACAACCCCUACAUCGUCCGCAUGAUCGGCAUCUGCGAGGCCGAGAGCCUCAUGCUGGUCAUGGAGCUGGCCGAACUGGGGCCGCUCCACAAGUACCUCCAGAGGCACAAACAGAUCUCCAUUAAGAACAUCACAGAGCUGGUGCACCAGGUUUCUAUGGGCAUGAAGUACCUGGAGGAGCACAACUUUGUGCACAGGGACCUUGCGGCCAGGAACGUGCUCCUGGUCACCCAGCACUAUGCCAAGAUCAGCGACUUUGGUCUGUCCAAGGCUCUCACAGAGGAGGAGAACUACUAUAAGGCAAAAGGCCAUGGGAAGUGGCCAGUGAAAUGGUACGCCCCAGAGUGUAUGAACUAUUUCAAGUUCUCCUGUAAGAGUGACGUGUGGAGCUUUGGGGUCCUGAUGUGGGAGGCGUACACGCUAGGGUUGAAACCAUACAAGGGCAUGAAAGGAAAUGAGGUGAUCCAGAUGAUCGAGAAUGGUGAGCGUAUGGACAUCCCCCCCAACUGUCCCGCGGAGAUGUAUGACCUCAUGAAGAAGUGCUGGACAUACAAGGCGGAUGAAAGGCCUGGAUUUGCGGUUGUUGAGCCCAGACUGAGGGAUUACUACUAUGACAUAUCGUCACAAUGAUCGGUCACCUCAAUCAGCAACCACUGGAGUGUAAAGAGCAUUUGACUCUGGACCUCAGGAGAUACUGCUGCUGUUGGGUGCGCGUGUUUUGCUCUUGGCACCGGUGGCUUCUUGGGAGUUCCUCUCAAUUAAAAAGUGUUAUUAAAACCAAGAAACCUGAUUAGUAUAGAUUUAAAGAUUGAACAUAUUGUAAAUCGAUUACAAAUAUCAGUUUUAAACAAUGUUGGAAAAUGAAGAAAAAUAUAUUUAAAAUCACUUGAUUGAAACACACAUUAAUAUUUUAGUCAUUUAGCAGACGUUCUUAUCCAGAGCGACUUACAUUUAGUGCGUUCAUCUUGAGAUAGCUAGGUGGGACAACCACACAUCACAGUCAUAGUAAGUACAUUUUUCCUCAAUAAAGUAGCUAUCAGUAAAGUCAGAGCUUGUA